AUGCCCCUCCCACAGUACACCUACAACGGUCCAAUCGACCACACUAUCAUCCCUGAUCGCAACAACGUCAAGGGAAAGUCGAUUAUAAUUACAGGCGGUGCCAAUGGUAUGGGCGAGACAUGUGUACGGUCUUUCGUUGCAGCUGGUGCUUUUGUCACUUUCGGCGAUGUUAAUGCCAGGGGCAAAGAUAUCGAGCAAGAACUGAAUGCAAAUGGUGUGUGUUGCACGUUUGUUAAAUGCGACAUCAGAGACUGGGAUCAGCAGAAAGCCAUGUUCGAGACGGCAAAAAACAAAAGCCCGUCGAAAAGCGUAGACGUCGUCAUCGCGAACGCUGGUAUUAGUCGAAGUUCGGGAGACAGUCUAUGGAAUCUGGAUGACUCUAAUGGGGAGCCAGUCAAGCCUAAUCUCAACAUCGUCGAUGUCAAUCUCAAGGGUUCCUUCUACACUUGGAAACUGGCAGUUCACUACUUCAGACAGCAGCCAGAAGCCGAGGAUAGAGACAGAUGCUUCAUCAUCACAGGAAGCAUGGUUGGCUGGAUUGACUCCCCAGGAAAUUGGGAGUACACUUCCACCAAGUACGGCCUCCAUGGAUUCAUGAGAACCGCCAGACGCUCUAGCUGGGAGCAAGGCAUCCGGAUCGUCUAUGUGGCCCCGUGCUGGAUCAAGAGCGCGAUCCGCACUGCAGAGUACGAGAAGUGGCUGAUCGACCAUGGUGUCGAAUUUGGGGAGCAAGAGGAUGUGGCAAACUGCAUGAUGAGAGUUGCUUGCGAUAAGUCCAUCAACGGGCGCUCUUUGAUGAUCACACCAAGAACCAUUGCGAAAGAGGGCUACAUGGAUAUUGACCGAGACGACUACAAGGAUGUGCCAGAAGACAGGUAUCUAGACAAGGUGCAAAAGGCCCAACUCGUCAUUAUUGAGGACAAGUGGAGAGACGAUUAUAAAGUUAGAGUCUAUAAGGAUUAA